GUGCCUUGGCAAACAAGUCUGCUCACCUGUUCAAGAUGCCUUUAUCAGGCAGUGGAACAGCAUUCACAGGUCAUAAUGGGGUUGUCAACUCUGUCUGGUGGAAUCAUGACAACAAGUACCUGAUUUCAGCAUCAGAUGACAAGACGGCGUCUGUAUGGGUCAAAGGUCAGGCUGAACCUAUUCUGACCUUUUCCACACUUACAGACAAUUUUGGGGUGGACAAGGAAGGGGGGCUCAAACCAUCAAAAGACAAUCCUUUAUUUCCAAAAGAGAUUUCACUUGCUCAGUUUUAUUAUAUGGACAAGUUUGUCUUAUUGACUGCAGGCAGUACCUUUUACCUGUACAAAUACUUCCUUGAUUCAAGUAAACAAGACAUUAAGAGGUAUAUAAGUAACAGUCGGUACAAACUAGUGAAGAGUUUUCAGCUUGACCAAGCACAGAAGAUAACAGCUAUGUCUGCUGUCAAUGGAUUUUACUCAUAUAUUGUUUUAUGUGCUGGAUCUAACAAGUCCAUAGAGGUUUUUGACAUGAAUGCUGGUCAGAGUGUUAGAGUGGUGGAGGAAGCACAUACCAGGCCCAUACAUGUCCUGUGUCAGAAUGAGGGCUCCAGCUAUGUCAGCCAUCCCCCUGAGAGCUACAACUUGUUUGUCACUGCUGCUGCCUCAGAUUGCAUAAAACUCUGGGACCUCAGGACAAACAGAUGCAUAAGAAAAUAUGAAGGUCAUAUAAACAGGUCUCAUUCCUGUGGUUUGGCCAUCAGUCCAUGUUCUAGGUUUAUUGCUUCUGGAGCAGAGGACAGAGCAGCUUAUAUAUUUGACAUCCGCUCAGGGACUUACCUCCACAAGUUGACAGGACACACAGAUACUGUCACUGAUGUAGAGUUUCAUCCAUUGUACCCAGAGCUGCUCACAUCAACAUUAGAUGGUAAGCUGAGACUUUUCAAGACCAGUUGAUGUCUCCUCCUCUGUUAGUAUGUGGAUA